AUGGCGUCGUUGGACGAGGAAGGCGACAAUGCGAUCGGACAGAAGGUCAAGGAUAUGUACUACGAAAUCAUCAACGGAAAAGGAGGCAAAAGAUCAUACGAGGAGGAAGCAAACGAGGCCGAUGAGAAGAAGCACGUGAAGAAGCUUAAUAAGCGAAGAGCUAAGGAGCUGCGAAAGCAGCAGAAGAAACUGCAGGAUGAGAUGGCGAAGGCCGACUCGGACGAUGAUAUCCCAUUCUUCAUGCAGGACACCUUAUCAGCUUUGCAGUGA